AUGUCCACGACGGCCACCAUGGGGGAGAUGGCAAACAGUGCGGUGGAGUUUUACCCCAAAGGGACUCGAGGUGGGGUUGGAGGAGGAGUGAGGGCGGAUGGGAACCACACAGGGGGAGAUUUCGGGGUGACAGUACAGGAUCUUAGGGAGCUGAUGGAGCUCCGUGGAGCCGAGGCCCUGCAGAAGAUCCAGGAAAGUUAUGGAGACACAGUUGGGUUGUGUCAGAGAAUACAGUCCCACCCUACUGACGGUCUGACUGGAGACCCAGUAGACCUUGAGCGUAGGCACCAGGCGUUCGGCCAAAACUUCAUUCCCCCGAAGAAGCCCAAGACCUUCCUGGAGCUGGUGUGGGAGGCCCUGCAGGAUGUCACGCUCAUCAUUCUGGAGAUCGCCGCCAUCAUCUCUCUGGGCCUCUCCUUCUACCAACCUCCCGGGGAGGAGAGCGAGGCAUGUGGGAAUGUGUCAGGGGGUGCGGAGGAUGAAGGUGAGGCGGAGGCUGGCUGGAUCGAGGGGGCAGCCAUCUUGCUAUCUGUGGUGUGCGUCGUCUUGGUAACGGCAUUUAAUGACUGGUCCAAGGAGAAGCAGUUUCGGGGUCUUCAGAGCCGGAUCGAGCAGGAGCAGAAGUUUACUGUGGUGCGGAAAGGAAAUGUCAUCCAGAUUCCUGUGGCUGAUAUGGUAGUGGGAGACAUAGCCCAAGUCAAAUACGGGGACCUGCUGCCAACUGAUGGUAUUCUGAUUCAGGGCAAUGAUCUAAAGAUAGAUGAGAGUUCUCUCACGGGAGAGUCUGACCAUGUGCGCAAGUCUGUGGACAAAGACCCCAUGCUGCUCUCAGGUACCCAUGUGAUGGAGGGCUCGGGGAGAAUGCUGGUGACAGCUGUGGGCAUUAACUCUCAGACUGGCAUCAUCUUCACUCUGCUGGGUGCUGGAGAUGUGGAGGAGGAGGGAAAGGAGAAGAAAGGAAAGCAACCUGAUGGAGCUGUGGAGAACAAUCAGAACAAAGCUAAGAAGCAGGAUGGGGGCGUUGCCAUGGAAAUGCAACCUCUAAAGAGUGCAGAAGGAGGAGAGGUGGAAGACAGAGAGAAGAAGAAGACCAAUGUUCCAAAGAAAGAGAAGAGUGUCCUGCAGGGCAAACUCACCAAAUUGGCCGUUCAGAUUGGCAAAGCAGGCUUAGUGAUGUCAGCUAUCACCGUGAUCAUCUUGGUACUCUACUUUGUCAUCGAGACGUUUGUUGUUGAAGAUCAUGUGUGGUUGGCAGAGUGCACCCCAGUCUACAUCCAGUACUUUGUCAAGUUCUUCAUCAUCGGAGUCACUGUGUUGGUGGUGGCCGUCCCUGAGGGCCUGCCUCUCGCCGUCACCAUCUCUUUGGCUUAUUCUGUCAAGAAAAUGAUGAAGGACAACAACCUUGUGCGUCACCUGGAUGCGUGUGAGACCAUGGGCAAUGCCACAGCCAUCUGCUCCGAUAAGACUGGCACCCUCACCACCAACCGCAUGACUGUGGUGCAAACGUAUAUAGGUGACGUGCAUCACCGGAUGAUCCCAGACUCAGGACAGAUUAACCCCAAGACCUUGGAACUAUUGGUCAAUGCCAUUGCUAUCAACAGUGCCUACACCUCCAAGAUCAUGCCGCCUGAUGUGGAGGGGGGUCUGGCUAAGCAGGUUGGCAACAAGACAGAGUGUGGCCUGCUGGGUUUUGUGUUGGACCUGCAGCAGGACUAUUCCCCGGUCAGAGAGCAGAUCCCUGAGGAAAAACUCUACAAGGUGUAUACAUUCAACUCAGUGCGAAAGUCCAUGAGCACAGUGAUCAAGCUGCCCGAUGGUUCCUUCCGGCUUUACAGCAAAGGAGCCUCUGAGAUCUUGCUGAAGAAGUGCUCCUACAUCCUGGAUGCCAACGGUGAAUCUCGGAGUUUCCGGCCACGUGACAGAGAUGAGAUGGUCAAACAGGUGAUCGAGCCAAUGGCGUGUGAGGGCUUGAGGACCAUCUGCAUCGCAUUCCGGGACCUGCCAGGCAAUCCAGAGCCAGAGUGGGACAGCGAGGUAGAGAUCGUGACUGAACUGACCUGUAUCACAGUGGUGGGGAUUGAGGACCCUGUGAGACCUGAGGUGCCCGAAGCCAUCCGCAAGUGCCAGCGUGCAGGCAUCACAGUGAGGAUGGUGACUGGUGACAACAUUAACACAGCCAGGGCCAUUGCUGCUAAAUGUGGAAUCAUCCAUCCUGGAGAUGACUUCAUCUGUCUAGAGGGCAAAGACUUCAACCGACGGAUCAGGAACGAGAAAGGAGAGAUUGAGCAGGAACGUAUUGACAGGAUCUGGCCAAAACUCCGUGUGUUGGCUCGCUCCUCACCAACCGACAAACACACGCUGGUCAAAGGCAUCAUCGACAGCACUGUCAUCGAGCAGAGGCAGGUCGUCGCGGUGACGGGAGAUGGAACCAAUGACGGGCCAGCGCUGAAGAAGGCUGAUGUGGGGUUCGCCAUGGGCAUUGCCGGGACCGACGUGGCCAAGGAGGCGUCUGACAUCAUUCUGACGGAUGACAACUUCAGCAGCAUUGUCAAGGCGGUGAUGUGGGGACGAAAUGUCUACGACAGCAUCUCCAAGUUCCUGCAGUUCCAGCUGACCGUCAACGUGGUGGCCGUCAUCGUGGCCUUCACUGGGGCCUGCAUCACUCAGGAUUCCCCGUUGAAGGCAGUCCAGAUGUUAUGGGUGAAUCUGAUCAUGGACACAUUUGCUUCCCUGGCUCUGGCCACAGAACCCCCCACCGAGGCCCUGUUACUACGAAAACCCUAUGGCCGCAACAACCCGCUGAUCUCUCUGACCAUGAUGAAGAAUAUUUUGGGCCACGGAGUCUACCAGCUGAUCAUCAUCUUCACUUUACUCUUUAUAGGCGAGCACAUCUUCAACAUCGACAGCGGCCGCAAUGCACCACUCCACUCCCCUCCGUCCGAGCACUACACUAUCAUCUUCAAUACUUUCGUCCUCAUGCAGCUGUUCAACGAGAUCAACGCGCGCAAGAUCCACGGAGAGCGGAACGUCUUUGAUGGCAUAUUUGGGAACCCCAUUUUCUGCUCCAUUGUCCUGGGGACCUUUGCUGUGCAGAUCGUGAUUGUGCAGUGGGGAGGGAAGCCCUUCAGCUGUGCCCCUCUCAAUGUGGAGCAGUGGCUCUGGUGUCUGUUUGUGGGAGUUGGAGAGCUGCUCUGGGGGCAGCUGAUUGCCACAGUGCCGACUGAGCGGUUGCCAUGCCUGAAGGAGGCGGGGCUGGGGCUGGAGCCCGGGGAGGAGGAAGGGGAGGAGCUAGCAGAGGACGAGGAGGAGAUCGACUGUGCUGAGAGAGAGCUGCGCCGCGGACAGAUCCUCUGGUUCAGGGGUCUCAACCGUAUUCAGACCCAGAUGCGAGUGGUGAAAGCGUUCCGUAGUUCGCUGUACGAGGGCCGGGAGAAGCCAGAAUCCAGGAACUCCAUCCACAACUUCAUGGCCCAUCCGGAGUUCCUCAUCAACGACCUCAUCCACAACAUCCCGCUGAUCGACGACACCGACGUGGAUGACGAAUCAGAGCUCAGCAGAUAUCAGCACCUGCACCCGGCCCUCCGCAAGCCACCUCCCCCACCCACCCAGGCUCAGCCUCCCACCCGCACCCGGCCCACUCGACCGUACCGACAAUACAGCCUCCCGGUGACCCCCUGCAACCGGAACAACAACAACAGCAGCAGCAGCAGUUCAACGGUCGCCCAUAGCAACAAAAACAACACCAACGCAGGAAGCCCCGGCAACCGAAACCCGCAUCACACCCAACACCACCGUUACCAUCACAGCAGAGACAGGCUGGGGAAACCCUCACCCUCCCCCCAUUACCUGGCUGCCCCCCUCUACUGCGUGGAGACCUCCUUAUGA